UUAAAACAUUUUAAAGAGAACACUGUGAAACGAAACAACAAUUUAAUUUGUUGAGAAAUUUUUGUGAAAAACAAGAAAAUUUUAACUUUUGUAAGAAAAAAAAACUCAAAUAAGAUCCUGAAUAAUAAAAACAAAAUAUCAAAGAAAUUCUAAAUCAAAUCAGUGAAAUAUCAAAUAAAACUUUAAAAAACAUCGUAACAAGAAGAAAAUCAAAAUCGUAAAUUCAAUUUAUUUGGAUUUAAACCAAAAGAGUAUCCUGAAACCAUCUGCAUUCCGUUUAAAAACAAAUCCAACAAAACAGUAAAAUGGGAAAAGACUUCUACAAGAUUCUGGGCAUCUCCAAAGGCGCGUCAGACGAUGAGAUCAAAAAGGCCUACCGCAAGCUGGCCUUGAAGUACCAUCCGGACAAAAACAAGACCACAGGGGCUGAGGACCGCUUCAAGGAGAUAGCAGAGGCGUACGAGGUGCUUUCGGACAAGAAGAAGCGCGACAUCUACGACAAUGCAGGCGAAGAAGGUCUGAAAGGCGGAAUUCCCGGAAAUGGCGGUGAAUACUUCCACGGCGACCCCAGAGCCACGUUCGCUCAGUUCUUCGGCUCGUCAGACCCAUUCGGGGCAUUCUUUGGCACAGAUCCCAGCCGCAUCUUCGAGCAGACGAUGUUUAUGGGCGCCGGCGACGACGACAUGUACCAACAGAUGGGUUACGGUGGCAACGGAGGUGCCUUCCGUUCACAGUCCUUCAACGCGGCGCCCAACAGGAAGCGACAGAUGCAAGACCCGCCAAUCGAACAUGACUUGUAUGUGGCACUCGAGGAAGUCGACCGAGGUUGUGUGAAGAAGAUGAAGAUCUCCCGCAUGUCCAUGGCCACAGGAAUGCCCACAAAGGAGGAGAAAGUGCUCAACAUCACAGUGAAGCCCGGUUGGAAGGCCGGCACCAAGAUAACAUUCCAGAAGGAGGGAGACCAGGCGCCCGGAAAGAUUCCAGCCGACAUCAUCUUCAUUAUCAGGGACAAGCCACACAGCCAGUUCAAGCGUGAGGGCAGUGACAUCAAGUACGCGGCAAAGAUCUCACUGAAGCAGGCCCUGUGCGGCACAGUGGUGCAGGUGCCGACGCUGUCGGGCGAAAAGAUAACCGUCAACACCACAGGCGAGAUUGUCAAGCCAAACACAGUGAAGCGGAUAAGUGGCAAGGGACUGCCGUUCCCCAAGGAGCCCUCCCGCCGCGGUGACUUGCUGGUGGCGUUCGACAUCAAGUUCCCAGAUUCUCUGAUGAGCGGGACGAAGGACUUGCUCUCCGAGAUCUUGCCCAACUAGACUGAGUUAGCGCGAGGAGGAAUCUAGGCUAAUAAAUUCGAGACUUGAUAUGCCAAGAGGAAGGGAAGAAGGAGUGGAGUCUUCUAGAACGUUCUGACUGACAAAGUGGAUGAUCUCAACGACUCAAGCCGCUUUUUAGAUAUUAACCAGAAAGGAAUGAUUGAUCGAUCACUCUACUCGUCUACACAGACACCUAAAAAUUUAAUUUUAAGGUCAAGUUUGAAAGUUGCCUGUUAAGAUUUUUGUUUGUAAGAUAUUAGAUGUCGUCUUCCAUUGGCAUUGUAGAUUGAUUAGUUUCUCUUUUUCUUUUCCUUUUCCUUUAACAAACAAAUGACUUAUCUUGUUUUUGUUUUGAGGCUAACAAUGAAUGAUGAUAAAAGAGGAGAAACUAUUUUUGUUUUUGAAAAACAAAUUAAAUAUGGCGACUUAGAGAAUGAGAAGUAAUAUGAAAUGAUGUACGUUUUAGUACUCGCUUGUGUAUUUAUAUAACAACCAAAUUGUAUAAUUUAUAAUUUAAGAAUUAAUUUAAAAUGGAAGAUUAACUGUACUCUACCAGAAUCGACCUUGAAAUAUUUGUAUAGGAAAUUAAAUUAAAACAAAUACUAAGUACUGUAAAAUAAUAAAGCAAUAACCAUAGUUUGGCUAAGAAAAUUUAAA